UCGUCGUGGUGGAGACCGUCGUGUUAUACUCUUUAAUAUUAUUAUUAUUAUUAUUCUCUAAUAGAAAAUCUUAAGGUGGAAAAUAUUAUUUAAAGUGUAGUUUUUUAAUAUUUAAUUUUUUGGAAAUAUCCAAAAAAGAAACUGUAAAAAGGUGUGUGAGAUUACUUAUUGUUGUGAUGUGUUUUCAUAGUUUUUCUUCCAUUCGGAAAAUGUCAGCUAUAUUCACGAUGCAUGUAAGAUAGAAGUAAGGGUGAAUACGUCACAGACUGACACAAAAAAACAUAUAAUAACUAUUUUUCACGCAAUUUUUAUUAUUAUUGUUGGAAAAUUUUUGCUUGACAAAACCAAAAAAUGGGUACUGUAUUAAGUUUUAGUCCACGUGAAAGACGCCCAACUUAUACAACAUCAAAUUCAACAGGAGAUUUUACAUUAAAUAAUUUUUCAUAUGAACAAUUAAAUAAUGUGAAAAAUCGUGAAAAUAAGGGGGGCGUUUGUACAUCGUUGGUUCCAACCAACAAUACAGCUCCAUUGUUGAAUACCACAACAAAUUUAACAACUCAAAAUAAUUGUAACAAUAUCAAUAAUUGCAAUAAUAUUGAUAAUGCACGAAUAAUUUCGGAGAAAAAUGCAUUGGAGAAAAAUUUAAAGAAACAUUCGCUAUUUAUUAAUGCGCUGUCAUGGAAACGAUUCUCAACAGCGAAUAAUAAUAAGAAAAAAUUAGAUAAUAAAAAUAAGAAUGUUGUACAAACAAAUCAACAACAAUCGAACCAAAAUCAACAGACACAAAAUCAACAAUUCAGACAGCCAUUAGUUGAUAACAUACAUCCGUUAAUUGAUAAAAACAAAAACAUCCAUCAAGUAGUGGCUAAAAGUGGAACUAAUAAUAAUGGAUAUUAUAACAAUACUUCAAAUAAUAAUUCAAAUAAAUCGGUUGGCACAACUGGUGUCUCGGCAACUGCAGCUGCAUUAACAUUAGAUUUUGUACGUGCGAAUAAUACGAAUAAUAAUUCACAUGUAUGUGAUAAAUUAGCACCAAAAGCUACGCUCCUGACAGCAUCACAACAGAACUCAUUAAAUAAUUCACAGAAUAAUACUAAUACAAAUACGAUCUCGAAUUCAAAUCAGCAACAACCGGUCACAAAUGUUCAAUUGCCAAAGAAAACAGUGAUACAAGCAUCAACGUCUGAAUUAUUAAAAUGUUUAGGAAUGUAUUUGCAUGCAAAAUGCUAUCGGCUGCAAGAUUUUCAAGCAGGUGAUGCGGUAAUGUGGUUGCGUACGGUGGAUCGUAGUUUACUUUUACAAGGAUGGCAGGAUGUUGCUUUCAUCAAUCCAGCCAAUGUUGUAUUCGUCUACAUGUUAGUGCGUGAACUCGUCGAAGAUGACAUCGACUCCGAACAAGAUUUACAAGCAGUUGUACUAACAUGUUUAUAUUUAUCAUAUUCAUACAUGGGAAAUGAAAUAUCAUACCCAUUAAAACCAUUUUUAGUUGAAGAUUCCAAAGAGAAAUUUUGGGAUCGUUGUUUAGAUAUUGUCAAUCGUUUAUCAUCCAGCAUGUUACGAAUAAAUGCUGAGCCUGGUUUCUUUACAGAAAUCUUCACUGAGCUAAAAGCUUGCGGAGUGGGUGCAAUUGUUGUAAAUAGUAAUACAGUCACCACUAUGGGAUGCCAAACUGUACCUGUAGUUCAAUGUCAAGCGGCUACAAACGCUGCCUGACGGACAACAGAGGUGACACUUGUUAAAUUAACAUUAGCAGACCAACCCACGAAUAAAAUAUAAAAAAGAGCAAUGUUUUCGAAACAAAAAAGUAUUUAACACCAAAAAAUUUCGAAAUUUCUUUGUAACAGUUAUUUUUUUUACUAAGAAAUUUCGUUAUAACUUCAUACAUAAGUGUAUGCUUGGAUUGAUUGAGCAAAAUAUUUGCGAGCUUCAUAUAUAUAGAAAAAAAACAAUCGUGGGUAAGGCACAAUUUUGCCACCGCCAAAUUACUUAGUAAGCUCACUUUUGUUGUUCUAAUAUAAUCGGUCAAUCCUAGUGUACAUUGUACAUAGACAGAAUGUGUUCAUGGAAAAAUUAACAAAAACACAGCGAGAACAGUCAAACAAGCCCCCCUAUAUGUUUCAAAGCGAAAUGUUUUAUAAAAAUUUAUAUCCAAAAAAAAUCGUAUUAAUCUAGUUAUAAGCAAAAUAAACGAUAACAGUUCAGUUAAAACCUUUUUCUUUCGUAAAUAAAAUACCAU